AUGGCUACAUCACGCCUAUCAAAAGGGUUCGCGCGGGCUCUCCAUUUGACUCCAUCAUCAUGGGCCCCCGAGACGGUCAACCGUGAGAUGAAACAUUUCCGAUCUGCGAUCACGCCUGCCGCACAGAAAAUGCCAGGCCGUUACGGAGGACGUCAUACAGUUACUGCUCUCGCUGGGGAUGGGAUCGGCCCCGAAAUGAUGGAGCAUGUUAAAGGAAUCUUUGCCCUUGCUCAUGUUCCCGUGGACUUCGAAGAGUUAAACCUAAACUCAUCUAACAUCAAACAAGGAGAGAAUGAUUUACAAGAAGCUAUUACUUCAAUCCAAAGAAAUGGUGUUGCAUUAAAGGGAAAUGUUGAGACAAAAUUUGAUGACCCUGCUUUCAAGUCUCGUAACAUGGAGCUGCGCAAACAGCUUGAUCUCCGUGCUAAUGUCCUUCAUUGUUCCACAGUUCCAACAGUUCCAAGCCGGCACACCGGAAUCAACAUUAUCAUGAUUCGCGAGAACACCGAAGGAGAAUAUUCUGGCCAAGAACAUACGUGUGUGCCUGGAGUCGUUGAAUCUCUUAAGAUUGUUACGCGCGAACGAAUUGAGUGGAUUUCCCAUUUUGCCUUUGACUAUGCUCUACGACAUGGACGAAAGAAAAUUACUGCCGUUCACAAAGCAAACAUUCAAAAACUUGGCGACGGCUUAUUCCUCAAGGUUGUUAAUGAUGUUUCUAAACUGUAUCCCCAAAUCAAGUGCGAUUCAAUGAUUGUGGACAACGCAUCUAUGCAACUGGUUGCAAAGCCACAGCAAUUUGAUAUCAUGUUGAUGCCGAACCUUUAUGGCAACAUUAUUUCCAACAUUGCGUGUGGUCUUGUUGGUGGCCCUGGCCUAGUCUCGGGAGUGAAUAUUGGAAAUGAUUAUGCCGUUUUUGAGACGGGCACACGUAACACUGGAUCAUCGCUUAUUGGAAAAGAUAUCGCCAAUCCCACAUCAUUCCUUCGUGCUUCUGUAGACAUGCUGAAGUAUCUCGGCUUGUCGGAACAUGCUGAUAUGAUUAGCGACGCUAUUUUCCGUACACUUACUGAGCGAAUGGUUCACACCCCAGAUAUUGGUGGCAAACACAAGACUUCUGACAUGAUUCGUUCUGUGCGCGAUUACCUUCAGGAGGAAAUGGAUUUGCGUAAA